AUGCGCAAGGCACGGGCUGCAGAAAACAGAAUACAACGCCUAUGCCAGAGUCAUGGACUGGCCCCAGGGCUAGCUCGUCAGGUUCAAGUAGCAGCAGUGCAAUCAGUAGCCCUGUAUGGAGCAGAGCUCUGGUGGCAGGGCCAGAAGGAUCGGCUAGUGGGUAUACAGCUCAUGAUCAAUCGACAGGCCCGUGCAAUUACUGGCAUGAUGAAAUCCACUCCUGUAGGGCCACUAGUUCGUGAAGCGGGCCUGGCACCAGCAGAGGCCCUAUUGGAGGCUCGACAAUUGAAAUACACUACCCGGCUGCUCAGCUUACCAGAGAACCACCCAGCUAAGGAGAUCCUCCCAGUGAGCUUCCGGGAAGGGGAUCAGCACGCCCAACCUGGGGAACAGACCCCAGGGAACCGACAAUGGGCUGAGAGAAACAACCGAGGCCCAUGGUCCCUGGGACAACACCUUGCUCGACAACUAGCCAAUAUUCUACCAGUGGACCCAUCUGGGGGCUUUGAGAGCACAACACAGACAACCAGCAGCCAGUUCCCAGGCCAAAUAGAGAUGCUACCAGGUCCAGAGGCCCUAGCAGCAGCGCAAUCUCUCCCUCCAGAGCUAGCAAUCUGGUCAGAUGGAUCAAGAUUAGAGAAUGGCAAAAGCGGGGCAGGGAUUGCCUGGCAAGAGCCGGGAGGAACAUGGAAGACCUGGGGGUUCCCAUUAGGCAAGGGAUAUGAGGUCUUUGAUGCAGAGCUUCUGGGGGUUGUACGAGCACUCCAGUUAGCAGAGAAAGUGGGAGACCAAAGACCAGUCACUAUCCUGUUGGACUCCCAAGCAGCCAUUGCAAGGAUGCGACACACCCAGCCAGGGCCAGGCCAAGCAUUAGUGAUCCAAGCACAUGCUAUAGCCAAGAGACUACAUGCCCGAGGUUGCCAAACCACUAUCCAAUGGGUGCCGGGACAUGCAGGGAUAGAAGGGAAUGAGAGAGCCGACCAGGCAGCAAAACAGGCAGCCAGUAAGCCACCAGGAAGAGGCCCAAGAGAGAUAUCCCUGGCCUUCACCUGUAGAGCCCGAACAGAAGCCAUUACAGCACAAAGGCAGAGAUGGCUCAACAAAGAACUUGGACAGCGAUCCCAACAAGGUCAACGAACAUACAGACCACAGAGGAACUGGCGGCUUGACCGGGCAGCCGCAACGGCUCCCAAGCGCCUAGCAAGCCGUUAUUUUCAACUGAAGUCAGGACACGCCGCUAUAGGAACAUACCUACAUCGGAUCCAGGUCCGGGAGGAUGCAACCUGUGAAGGAUGCGGUAUAUCAAGGGAGACAAUACACCAUCUUCUCUUUGAAUGUCGGGAAUGGCGACACCAACGAAACAGGCUCUACAAGGACCUAGAGACUGACGGGGUCUUGAGACCCACCACUGCAGAAGAAUAUCCACAAGGACGACUCCUAGGAGAGCCCAAAGCUACAAGGGCAUUGCUACAAUUCCUAGCCAGCACCAGCAUAGCUCUACCCCGGGCGCACCUACAGCAGACGGCGGAAAGGGCCCGAAGAGACGACGAAUGGGGAUUGGAAGCAUUGGAGGAAGCAGUUAGAACAGGAGAGGGGUAG